GCAGUAGGUGGAGGAGAUGCGAGUGCAGUUGAGGGAAAAGUAUGACACAGGGAGGGGACUAGUCAUGAAAUGGCAACGGAGUACAUGUCAAACAUCUUUAGUCGCCGAACUAUGGAAUUAACCAAAGACGUGAUGACGGAACUUUAUUUGAGCGUUUCCUUCUCCAAUAUGAGAAGCGCAUAAUUCUCACCUAAUUUGGUAAAGUUAGUUGGCUAGUCUCAUAUGGGGAAAUCGGGAAAGAAUUGUUAUAGAAUGUUGGCUAUAGCAGUCCUACUGGGGACUGUCGUGCGGGCACAGGUGUCUAACGAAAUUUCAAGUUUUAGCCUGAGCCCUCCGUAUUUCAACUUGGCAUCAGCGUCUCGGAUCUCGGCCACCGCUACCUGUGGAGAGGACGGUUUAGGAAGACCUAGAUCGGAUCUUUACUGCAGACUUGUUGGUGGUCCAUUUGGGCUUCCCAGUCAAACUAUACAGGGACAGUUUUGUGACCACUGCAACUCAAACAACCCAAAUAAAGCCCAUCCAGUUACAAAUGCCAUUGAUGGAACAGAGAACUGGUGGCAGAGUCCUCCUCUUUCGCGUGGACAGGAAUACAACGAAGUAAACGUCACUUUGGAUUUGGGCCAGCUGUUCCAUGUGGCCUAUGUCCUCAUCAAGUUUGCCAACUCGCCCCGCCCUGACCUCUGGGUACUGGAACGCUCCGUUGACCACGGCAGGACUUUCACACCCUGGCAGUACUUUGCACAUUCCAAGCGAGAAUGCAUUGAAAGGUUUGGGAAGCAGCCAAACAUGCACAUCCGUGGAGAUGACGAACAGCUCUGCACCACUGAAUACUCACGCACUGUGCCUUUGGAGAAUGGGGAGAUUGUGGUGUCGCUGGUCAACGGGCGGCCCGGGGCCAGGAACUUCACCUACUCCCCAGUACUGCAGGACUUCACCAAGGCAACCAACAUCCGCCUGCGCUUCCUGCGCACCAGCACCCUGCUGGGCCACCUCAUCUCCAAGGCCCAGAGAGACCCCUCCGUCACGCGCAGGUAUUACUACAGUAUUAAGGACAUCAGCGUUGGUGGGCGUUGUGUGUGCCACGGUCAUGCCCAGGAGUGUGGCGACCGCUUCCAUGGCAACCAGGACCGGUUGCAAUGCAACUGUAGGCACAACACCUGUGGCGAGUCAUGUGACCGAUGUUGCCCGGGAUACCACCAGAAGCCAUGGAGACCAGCCACUGCGGACAGUGCCAACGAAUGCCAGCCCUGUCAGUGCCAUUCCCAUGCCUCUGAUUGUUAUUACGACCCAGAGGUGGAGCGCAGGAGAGCAAGUUUGGACAUCUACGGCCGCUACGACGGAGGAGGAGUAUGCCUCAACUGCCAGCACAACACUGCAGGGGUAAACUGUGAGCUGUGUGUGGAUGGAUGCUAUAGACCACAUGGGGUCUCAGUGGAUUCCCCUACAGGAUGCACACCUUGUAGGUGCAAUCCGCAGACCACACGAGGCUGUGAAAUGGGCUCUGGCCGCUGUGUGUGCCUACCUGAGUUCAGCGGAGAGCACUGCGACCACUGUGCCCACGGUUACUAUGGAUACCCACAGUGCACAAGAUAUCCAAUCUACCCAGCAACCACAAAGUCCCCAUCUGGCAACAUAAAAGAGCCCACUGUCUGCCCCACGGGUUAUUUCGGAGCCCCCAGCUGCCAGCCAUGCCAGUGUGAGCGCCAGGGCACUGUGCCUGAGGUGUGUACCUCUUCGGGUGGAUGUGUGUGCCGUGCGGGUAUAAUUGGGGAGAGGUGCGAUCGCUGCCAUGAGGGAUACCAUUCCUUCCCCUACUGCCAGGCAUGCCAGUGUGAGCGCCAGGGCACUGUGCCGGAGGUGUGUACCUCUUCGGGUCGAUGUCUGUGUCGUCCCGGAAUAUUUGGGGAGAGGUGUGACCAGUGUCAUGAGGGGUACCAUUCCUUCCCCUACUGCCAGGAAUGCCGCUGUGAUGGCCACGGGGUGGCUGACAGGUCAUGUGGGCCCAGAGGAGAGUGCAGAUGCCAGGACAACUUCGCAGGCCAGCAGUGCGAACUGUGUGCCACCGGGUUCUAUGGGUACCCGUAUUGCUCACGGUGUGAGUGCCACCCAGACGGUUCUCAGGAUGACCUGUGUGAUGCUGUGUCUGGCCAGUGUGUGUGCCGGCCGGGAGUGGAGGGGCGGCACUGUGACCGCUGUGACGACCCACGCCUCUCCUUCCCCGACUGCACCGGAGGACCCACUCUGCCUCCCACCACACACUGCAAUCCUGACGGGUCAGAGGCCGGCAUCAAGGGGGCUGGGUGUGUGUGCCGGAGCCAUGUGGCGGGCUCUCGCUGUGACCGGUGUAAGCCGCUCUACUGGAACCUGGCCCGUGACAAUCCCGGCGGCUGCGUAGAGUGCACAUGUGACGAUAAGGGCACCCUGAGCGGCGUUGGGGAGUGCCAGCAGGAAUCCGGCAAAUGCUACUGCAAGCCCAACACCUGCACCGACUCAUGCGAUAUAUGCAAGGAGUUUCACUUCCUGCUGCAGAGGAAGAACUAUUUUGGCUGCCAAGGCUGCCAGUGCGAUGUAGGAGGGUCCAUUGGCAGUGGGUGCCAUGAUCAGACGGGUCAGUGCCAGUGCCGGAAAAACAUCAGAGGCCGCACCUGCAUUGAGCCAGAUCCAGAUUUCUACUUCCCCAGUCUCCAUCACCUGAAGUUCGAGGUGGAGGAUGGCAUCACCCCGAAUGCCAGGCCCGUCCGAUUUGGCUACAAGCCCCAGGAGUUCCCACAAUUCAGCUGGAGAGGUUACGCCAUCAUGUCACCUGCCCAGAAUGAAGUCAGUGUGAGUGUGCAUGUGGAUGCCGCUCGCCGCUCCACCUUCCGCCUGCUGCUGCGUUACGUUAACCCCGGCCAAGAGAGCGUGACCGGCCGCGUCACGGCCUCCCGCUCCCGUGGAGGGCCGGGUGAGAGCAGAGAGGUGGUGUUCCUGCCCAGCCAAGCGCCAUCCCUGCUGACAGUGCCGGGCGACGGCUUUGCCCAGCCCUUCACCCUGGGCCCUGGGAAGUGGAACAUCCAUAUCCGUGCAGAGGGGGUGCUACUGGACUACCUGGUGCUGCUGCCAAGUGACUACUAUGAGGCCCCCAUACUGCAGCAGAGAGUCACCGAGCCCUGCACCUACACCAGAGCACCGCAGGACGGGAGCUGUCUCCUGUACAAGCACUUGCCGAUGGAGCGGUUCCCGUCGGCGCUGGGCCCGGAGGGGCGUCUGACGGUGCGCGGGCGACGCAGGAGGCAGACAAAGACCCGGCAGCCCACCGAGGACCACCCGGAGAUGGCCUCCGUCAGCGGCAGACAGGCUCAGCUGCAGCUGACGCUGCACGUCCCUCAGGCGGGGCACUACGCGGUGGUGCUGGAGUACGCCAGCGAGGUCAGCGCCGCGCAGAACGUCAACCUGCACGUGGUGGGACACUCACCGGAGGAGGUCCACGCCAGGGCCAACAUCUACAGCUGCACAUACAGCUUCCUGUGUCGUAGUGUGGCAGUGGACCGCCAGAAUGCUGUGGCCCGGCUGCAGAUGUCCCACAGGGCCGAGAUCCAGCUACACAUCUCCACCGCCUCCUUCCUGCUGUAUAAAGUGUACGUGGUGCCGGCUGAGGAGUUCUCCAUGGACUAUGUGGAUCCCAAGGUGCUCUGCGUGUCAAUGCAUGGACGCUUCACUGACGAUAGUCAGACGUGCAUCCAGAGCCUGUUCCUCAUGGUACCAUCAGCCAUGCUGCUGGACCCCACCCACGGUGUCCACCAGGCUCCUCGUCCCCUGGUGCCACGGGGUGAGGGUGUGCUGCUCAAAUCCCCACAGACAGAGGUGACUGUGAAUGGUAGAGUGCCAGACCCAGGCAGAUAUGUGUUUGUCAUCCACACCCGCCAGCCAGAACACACCACUUUCCCAGUGGAGGUGGAAGUUGAUGCCGGGAGAACAUGGACAGGUCAGGUGAAUGCGUCCUACUGCCCUACGGUGUCCGGCUGCAGGAGUGUGCUCAUCGCCGAGCGCCGCAUCGCCCUGGACCUGCCUCGGAGAGAGCUGGCAGUCACAGUCAGGGUACCACCGGGGAAGACCCUCACACUGGAUUAUAUCUUGGCCGUCCCCGAUGAUCAUUACACGCCAGAUCUGCUGAAAGAGAAGCCGCUGGAUAAGUCAUCCGAUUUUAUCUCGCAGUGCGGAGGGGAGAGCUUCCAGAUAGACCGGAGUACUGCCUCGGACUUCUGCAAAGCAUCGGCUCGCUCCCUGGUAGCCCUGUACCACGAUGGGGCUGUGCCCUGCCAGUGUGACCCGUCCGGUUCCACGGAUACGACCUGUGACCCCGAGGGGGGCCAGUGCUCCUGCCGCCCCCAUGUCAUCGGCAGGCGGUGCACCCGCUGCUCUACGGGCUACUAUGGCUUCCCCUACUGCAGACCAUGUCAGUGUGGUCGUCGCCUGUGUGACGAGGUGACAGGCGAGUGUAUCUGCCCUCCCCAAACGGUACGUCCCGCGUGCGACGUGUGUGAGAGCCAGACCUUCAGCUACCACCCCCUGGUGGGCUGCGACGACUGUGACUGCUCCCCCACCGGCAUCAUCAGCAGCAAGGGCCAGGACCAGUGCGACCUGUACACCGGACAGUGCACGUGUAAGCCCAGGAUUGGUGGCCGCCAGUGUGACCGCUGUGCUGCGGGGUACUUCCGUUUCCCCCAGUGUGUGCCGUGCGACUGUCAGGCCGGGGGCGUGCGUCCAGAGAUGUGUGAUCCUAACACUGGCCAGUGCCUCUGCAAGAGGAAUGUUGAGGGUGUGCGCUGUGAUUCCUGUCGAAGAGGCUCGUUCCACUUUGAUCCGGCCAAUCCCAACGGCUGCAUCCAGUGCUUUUGCUUUGGGGCAACAGACCAGUGCCGCAGCUCCAGCAAGCGCAGGGGAAAGUUUGUAGACAUGCAUAACUGGCGUCUGGAGAAGCCUGACCUGGAGGAGAUCUCCUCUGUGCUGAACCCCAUGAGCAACACGGUGGUGGCAGAUGUGCAGGAGCUGCCCAGAUCUGUCCAGAGUGUCCACUGGGUGGCACCACCAUCGUACCUGGGAGACCGGGUGUCGUCCUAUGGAGGCUACCUCACCUACCAAAUUAAAACCUUUGGCAUCCCCAGUGAAGGGAUGGCUCCUUUGGACAAGCGUCCAGAUGUUCUCCUCAGUGGUGACCAGAUGACACUGGUGUACAUGGAUCCACAGUCCCCUGAACCAGACAAACUGUACCAGGGCAGGCUCCUGCUGGUUGAGGGUAACCUGCGCCACGCUGGCACCAGGCGCCCGGUGUCGCGGGCGGAGCUGCUGCGGGUGCUGGCGGCGCUGGAGGACCUGCGUGUGCGGGCGCUGCACUUCUCCCAGAGCCAGCGCCUCAGCCUGGGGGAGGUGGGCCUGGAGGAGGCCAGCGCAGGGGGCAGCGGCGGCCCCGCCAGCACCGUGGAGGUGUGCUCCUGCCCCGCCACCUACAGCGGGGACUCCUGCCAGAAAUGUUCACCCGGCUUCUACAGAGAACGAAAUGGUCAUCUGCCUGGCAGGUGUGUGCCCUGCUCCUGCAACGGCCUUUCAAAUGAAUGUGAGGAAGGAACUGGAAGAUGCCUGAACUGCCAACACAACACCGCUGGAGACCGCUGUGAACAAUGUCGGGAGGGUUACCACGGAAAUGCAGCCCAGAGGAACUGCCGGCCAUGCCCCUGUCCCCACAGCGGGACGUCCAACAACUUUGCUAUCGGCUGCAGAGAAGCAUCGGGGAGAAUACAGUGUAUCUGCAAGCCUGGCUACACGGGCGAGAGAUGUGAGAGAUGUGCCCCAGGUUACUAUGGGGAACCCCUGUCUUAUGGAGGCAGCUGCCGUCCUUGCAACUGUAACGGAAACCCUGGAUACUGUGACAGCAGGACUGGAGUUUGCAAAAACACCUUGGAGCCCAAAGACACCAACACAGAUGCAUCAUGUGUCGAGUGUGACAACUGUGCUCAGACAUUAAUCAACGAUCUGGACAAAUGGGACGAUGAGUUGGCCAGGAUCAAGUCCCAGCUGGAGAAGGCCAAUGCUAGCAGCUCUUCACAGGAGAGGCUGAAGAAACUGGAAGAAGCCAUCACCAGGGCUAAGGCUGUGGUGAACGACUUCACCUCCUCUGUCAACCGUCAGAAAUCGAAAGUGAGCGAGAUGGAGGAGGACACCAACACCCUAAAGGAGGACGUCAACCAACUCAAGAAACAGGCUGAGAAGAAGAGACUGGACGCCAACAAUGCUCUUGAUAAUGCAGAGGACUCGCACCAAAGAGCUAAAAUCCUCAACACCCAAAUUGAGGCCAUUCUCAAGAAGAUUCAGGACCUGCUGAAGCAGCUGCAGAAUGCGAGCUCCAAUGGCGAGUCGGUGACUCCGGAUGAGCUGGCCAGGAUGCUGGAGGAGGCAGAGCGGCUGGUGCAGAAGAUGAGGGAACGCGAGCUGAAGGACCAGAAGGAUGCCGCAGAGAAGGAGGGAGAGCAGGCUCACAAACUGUUGGACUACAUCAAAACCAAUGUCACACAACAAUGCGAUCAGAACAAGAAGGCAGCAGAGAAGAUUGAAGGGCUCCUGAAUGACUACAAUGACAAACUGAAAGAGCUGGAGGAGGCACUGAAACAGGCCAAAGACUUAGUGGGAAGAGCCAACAACCAGAAUGAUCUGAACUCUGAAGCCCUGGCGGACCUUCUGAAACGCAUCAAAGACUUGGAGAAGGAGAGAGAUAAGGUCGCCGAUGAGAUUGACAUGGCCAAAGACCAGCUGAAGGAAACCGGAGAUCUGCUGUCCACCCUUGAUGAAAGCAAACAGGGAUACGAGAGACUGGCCGCCCAGCUGGACGGUGCGAACACAGACCUCCUCCGUCGGCUGAACGAGAUCAAGAAGGCGGCAGACAAGGAGGGCCUGGUGAUCAGGGCCGAGGAGCACGCCCAGAAGCUGAGCGACCUCGCCAAGCAGCUGGAGAAGGCAGUGAAUGAGUCCAGUGGUAACAAGGAGGUCCGCAAUGCGCUGGCGGCCAUUGAUGCCUACAAGAGCAUCGUGGAUGCCAUCAACGCUGCCAAAGCCGCCGCCGACGAGGCCAAAGAGGCAGCAGACAAAGCCUCAAAGGACAUCAACAGUAAGGACCUGGUCAAGAAAGCCAAGGACCUGAAAGACAAGGGGGACAAACUUGUGAAGACGGCCUCUGACGCGGAGAAGAGCCUCUCAACUGCUGCCACUGAUCUUGCUGAUCAGAAAAAGCGUCUAGAAGAUGCAAAGAAGAAAAAGGAUCAACUUGAGGAGGACCUCAAGAAAGCCAAAGAUGGAUUGAAUGACAUUCAGAGAGAUGAUAUUGCUGGCAUGAUUUCCGAGGCCAAGAAAGCAGCAGGCACUGCCAACGACACCGCCAGCGAUGCUCUGGGUAGGCUGGACGACAUUAAGAAGGAGGUGGAGAAGAUGAACGUCAGCGUCAGUCCUGGUGGAUCCAACUUGGACAACGUGCUCAAUGACGUGGACAAAUCAGUCAAGAAGCUGAACAGCACGAUCCCCUCUCUGCUGGACAAGAUCAGUCAGAUCGAGGAGCUCAGCUCACAGGCAGGCCCCAUCACUAACGUGUCGGAGAACAUCAAGAGAAUCAAGGAACUCAUCGAACAGGCCCGGGAUGCCGCCAACAAGGUUGUGGUCCCAAUGAACUUCCAGGGAGACGGCCACGUUGAGCUGCGCCCUCCGAAGAACAUGGACGACCUGAAGGCGUACACGUCCCUCUCCUUGUUCCUGCAGAGGCCCCCGCCAAGAGGGGACGCAGGGCGCAGACGCAGGCAGCUCGACGGAGAUCUGUUUGUCAUGUACCUCGGAAACAAGGAUGCAUCUAGCAACUACAUUGGUAUGGCUCUGAAAAGCAAUAUCCUGCAUACAGUCUUCAAACUGAAUGGAGUGGAAAAUGUGAUCAAGUCAGACGAGAUCAGUGAAUCGCAACCUAACCCUGCCACUUUUGACCAAGUGGAUUUCAAGAGAAUGUACGAGGACGUUCAGGUUAACUUGACAAAGGAUAUCACGAACAAGCAGACCCCAUUCACAACUGGACAUAAGCGAGGAGACCCAGCCAAAAACCUUUUGGACAUUGAUCCAAAGGAUAUGGUCUUCUAUAUCGGAGGUUACCCGAGCUCCUUCACUCCCCCAGCAUCGCUUAACUUCCCCAUGUACAAAGGCUGUAUCGAGCUGAGGUCUUUCAAUGACCGAAACGUUAGCUUGUACAACUUCCAGCAUGCAGAGAAUAUUGGGGAAACACCUUGUUCAAGGCAUGUGCCAACCCCGUCGUCCAGCUUCUUUGAGGGCACUGGAUAUGGAGAGGUGGACUUGGGCAGAAAGGCUCUCUCCAAUGUACAGCAAAUCAUCACAACCAACUUAGAAAAUGCUGUUUUAGCCGUCUUUGUGGAUGGGGAUUCCUACUAUGCCGUGAGUUUGGAGGAUGGCCACUACGUUCUGCAUGGUCGAGUAAACGGGGCUGACCUGGAGCCUAAAAGGAGCACCGUUAAAGUCACUCCCAUGGUAGAAGAAGACUUCAGAAUACACUUCAGUAAGACCAAAAAGGACAUCAAAGUCAUCUAUAAUUCCGUCCCUGUGCUGUCAGGCGAAUAUAUUCCUCUAAACUUCAACCAGUACUUCGUCGGAGGUCUGCCUCAACACCUGCGAGAAAAGUUCAAUAUCCGAACCCAGCCACUGAAGGGCUGUGUAAAGACGGUGAAAGUCAACAACGGAUUUGGGUCCUUCAUAGAUAGAUCGGGCAUCAGCAAGGGCUGUCCUGCCACUUUCCUGGAGUCCCGUCUGGUAGAGCUAAGCAAAGGAGGCUCCCUGGAGACAGAGGUCAGCACUGUCAGCCCGAACGGUGACAUCAUGGUGUCCCUAGGAUUCCGAACCACCGAGCCCCACGGAACACUGAUAACAAAGAACGAGCAGGCUAAAGGGCUACAGCUCACACUUGACGCUGGUCAUGUAGUGCUGAAGGGCGGGGACCGUAUUAUCAGGUCCAAAAACAAAUACGAUGAUGGAAAGUGGCAUUAUGUGACAGCCAAAAAGAAUGGCCCAAUGCUGGUAGUUGACGAUACAGAUGCUGGAGAGGAGCAAGCCAACGGGCAAACACCCAGUUUCUCCGGAACAAAAGUCAUCCUAGGGAAAAACAACUUUGACGGGUGCAUCACCAACCUAUACACAAGAAGGCCAGACCAUCUGUAUUAUCCAGAGGACAUGAGCAGCUUCAACAGAGCGGGCGCUGUGCACCUGGACACGUGCAGUGCCCAGAUGCUACCAGAAGAGAUGUUGGCCGGCCGUAUCCAUAACAACUCUCGAAAGGACCAGAGUAAGGAGGUGGGUGAGAGCGGGUCAGACUGCUCCUUACCGGCACAGGUGAAACAUGGGCAUUUCUUUGGAGGGCUUGCCAGUGGCCUUACAUACAAAGUCUCUGAUCAAGACCUCCAAAACAAACCCAGCUUCUCUGUGGAUGUGAGAACCAAAUCAUCAGACGGCCUGCUGUUCUACGUCAGCUCCGAUGGACCUGGACAUCUAGCUCUCUACAUGGCCCAUGGAAGGAUCAGAUUGUCUGUGCGCCGCAAAAUGGAAAUCUUUAACAGGGAGAGAUACAAUGACGGAAAAUGGCACACCGUGGUGUUUAGCCUGGAGAAGAGGAAGUUCCGCUUGCUGGUUGACGGCAUCAGGGCCCAGGACGGACAGCUCAGCCCUGAGCACAGUGCAGACAUGAAGCUCCUCUCACCACUACACCUUGGCAGUGCUCCCACCUCUUUACAUCAGGAACUUAAGUGGAAGAAUCUGCCCAAGGAGAGUGUGGUUGGCUGUGUUCGUAAUUUCAAGAUGAAUGGUGUGGCAGUGGGAGAGCCUGCCACCACUCAUGGCGUUGGCCCCUGCUUUGACAGACAAACAGAAAACGGUGCUUAUUUCUCAGGAAAAGGAGGAUAUGCCAUUGCAAAUGAUUCCUUUGAAGUGGGUGAGAACUUCGACGUAGUGUUCGAGAUGCGGCCCAGAAACCUAACUGGGCUUCUCCUUCAUGUUGGCAAUCACCACCACUUCAGUCUCUUCAUGAGAGAAGGAGAGGUAGUGGCGCAGGUAAAUGUAGGAGCAGGGACGUUCAGCGUUUCUGUGCGUCCAAAGCAAUCGCUCUGUGAUGGCGUCUUUCACCGAGUAGCAGUGAUUAAGCAAAAUAACGUUGUGGAGAUGUAUGUGGACACGGACGGAUACCAUACAAUUGGUUCAGCAUCUCCCCCAGCUACAAUGACCAAAGGCCCUCUUUAUGUGGGCGGCAUUCCAGGCACUUUCAAGACUGUAGCAUUACCUAUAAGGACACCUUUCACGGGCUGUAUGCAGAAUAUGUACAUCAACGAAAAGCUGGUGGCAUUUGAGAAGCUUCCCAAAGUCUUCGGCUCUGUGAACCUACGGGCGUGCCCUGCGGGGUGAGGGUGACGGCUGUGCAACACUCCUGCAGAACCCACACAGCAAUGAUUCUAGAGCAUUUGGUUCUAGAAUCUUUGCCCUGCAGCCCUUGUGACCUCACCAACCGAGUCCCAGAUGUGACUGACUUCCGUAAUGCAGGAGAACGAGGGAAAGAACUGUGAUGUGCCCUCUCCCUCUCUUUCUCUAGGGAUGAGAUGCAAAGACUCUGCCCCUGGUGGAGAAGCGGUGAAGAACAGCUUGGAGACUCCAUGUAUUGAUAGUGCUUCAGAUGUUUUAGUAUUUAUUUUGAGAAACUCACUUUUUUGUUGUUGAUUAUUUUACUGUAUGUUUCAAAAUGGAGAAAAAGGUUGUUUGAUAUGCUCUCUUUUCAUGAAUGUUCCAAAUGUAAAAGAGUCCUUGUAAUGUUCUUGCAGAUAUUGAAAUACACAAAUGAUGUCACUUGGAAUUGAAAUUAUGAAUUAUAUGAGAACAAAAAAAUGUGUUUGGAUUGUUAAGAUAACCUCUACUACACAACCCUCAGAUGGUCGGCCAGUGUAGUUAGUUAGCACGACUUGGCAUGGAAAAGUAACCCCAUCCUUCCUAACACUUCAUCCAGACACACUAGAGACCGACCUAGCAGCCAGGCUGGCAAAGGGGUUAGUUGUCCAGGCCCCAGCCAGUGAGACAGUGGGUUCAGAAUUGAGUCCUCAUUACAUUAAAUGUAUUGUGUGUGGAGAGGGCCUUUCAGAUGAUUUUGUCUUCUUGGCCCAGCCAAAGAUCUCAGUUGCCCCCUGGCACACAGCUACCCACUCAAUCAGAUCAAAAAUGCCAUGUCUAUCGAUAAAGAAUCCAUGAACGAAGGCAAUGAAUUUGGUCCUCAAAAGAGUUCUGUUUUGGUUGAGAUAAACAUCUCCUGUCCUGUGCAGCACAGUGUGGGAAAUUUAAUGACGUUAAAUUUGGCAAAUAACAAGAGGGGCAUUAAAGUGCUUUGACUGGGAUUAACUCAAGAGAGCACGGAAAUGGCAUUUCACAGGGAGAAGCACAUCCAUCAAAGUACAGUACAUCUCGAAACCAUUCAGUGUGACAUGACAGGUUUAAGUGCCAUUCCACAUGAAAUAC